GUGAACGCGUGUCCACUUUUCUCUUCUCCCUCUUCAAUUGCUGAACACGACUGAAAUUUCCCUUUGAUUUCUCCUCUCUCUCUCUCGCAGCAAAGCUGAAGCCAAGAAACCCUCGCCGGCGGCGUGAUCACCCGCCGCCGCGCCAAAACAAGGCUGCUAGCGUCCAUGGAGACGAAGCCAGCGCCGCAGCAGCGGCGUUGGCUUGUUCCACUCCUCGCCUCUCUUCUUCUCUGCUCCCUCCUUAUAUCCGUUGCUCUCUUCUCUUCCUCACCGUCAUUCUCGCAUCGUACUCUGCUGUUUCUGUCUCUUUCCCAGAUCCGCUCCAGCUUCCAUGGUGGGAACGCCCUAUUCGUCGAGUCUAAGCUUCAGUUGCCGCCGCUUUUGUCUAGACCAGCGAACGCUGUGCCUCGCCUAGCUUACCUUAUAUCUGGCUCGGCCGGUGACGGCGGGAGCUUGAGACGGACUUUAAAGGCGCUGUAUCAUCCGGCAAAUAGAUAUGUUGUGCAUCUUGAUCUCGAAGCUUCGCCGGUCGAGAGGAUGGAGCUUGUUGUUGCUGUUAGGGAUGAUCGGAUCUAUUCGCGGGUUGGGAAUGUGAGAGUGAUUGAGCGGGCGAAUUUGGUGACGUACAGGGGACCGACGAUGGUGGCGAAUACGCUUCACGCUGCUGCGAUACUUCUAAAGGAGGGGGGAGAUUGGGAUUGGUUUAUUAACCUGAGUGCCUCUGACUACCCCCUUGUUACGCAGGACGAUCUGCUCUACACGUUGUCAAGCUUACCACGGCAACUGAAUUUUAUUGAGCAUACAAGUGACAUUGGAUGGAAAGAGUACCAGAGAGCCAAGCCUGUAAUAAUUGAUCCUGGUCUCUACAGUUUGCACAAAUCAGAUGUCUUUUGGAUUACUGAGAAAAGAAGCGUUGCCACUGCAUACAAGCUCUUUACAGGUUCUGCUUGGAUGAUGCUUUCCCAUCAGUUCAUUGAGUUCUGCAUAUGGGGAUGGGACAAUCUUCCUCGUACCGUUCUGAUGUACUACGCAAAUUUCCUCUCAUCCCCUGAAGGCUAUUUUCACACCGUCAUUUGUAAUGCACCGAACUUUCGCAACACGACUGUCAACCACGACCUGCAUUAUAUUUCGUGGGACAAUCCUCCAAAACAGCACCCACAUUUCCUUACCACCGACGACUUCUCUCAAAUGGUCCUAAGCAAUGCUCCCUUUGCGAGGAAAUUUCCGAGGGACGAUCCUGUGCUUGACAAGAUUGAUAAGGAGCUACUGAGUCGCGAUGCGGUGGAUGGGUUCGUGCAUGGAGGGUGGUUCGAUCGUGUGAAUGGCACGAAUGAUUCGAUUUACUUUGCGUCGAGUGUGAAAGACCUCAGACCUGGGCCAGGUGCUGAGAGAAUUAAGCGCCUUAUAAUGGGUUUGCUUACAGCUGAAGGUUUUGAUGAGAAGCAUUGUAUAUGAAAAAGUGCAAAGAUGGUUGUCGGUUUGUGCUAUCCUGUGACUGGAGGAGCUCCAAACCUAUUUCAGAGGAUGUGAUGGCACUGAGAAGAGCCCAACUGGUGAUGUGAUUACAACUCCGGGGCUACUUUAAAAUGAGGUUGUCUUUUAGCAGACUUACAGACAUCCACAACUACUUUCUUCUGAAGUUUUUUGGGCUGAAACUGAGGAUUACAGGGUUUGCUAAAGUGCCAAAUGCUGUUUAUCAACAAUAAUUGGCUCUAUGUUGUAUUUGUAGCUUUACAUCUAGAUUUACGAACUCGCUGUAUCGAUAUGAACAAAGCAAAAUUACAUGAUUAUGCUUUUUUGUAUCUCUAGAA